UAGUGUAGUUGUGUUUUGUUAUCAUUGGCAAAUAUGAUGCACGAACCUAAAGUUGCACCGCGAUGUGCAACGUUACGAAAUAAAACUACUUGUUCCGUAUUUAAAGGGACCAGCCUGGCGGUAUAAUUGUUUAGUAAUUUAGUUGAACUGGAGUAAGAAGCUAUACUAAUUCGUUAUACGGGAGUUGGAGAACCUCAAAAUGGAAUCUAUCCGUGAUUUCGGAUUGUUCGACGACUUCUCUGAAGACGAAAUUCAUCCGUUGCAAAUAGAUGACUAUGAAAGUGAGGAAGAUAUGCGGCAAAAAUUGACUGACACCAAAACCAAUAUCUACAAGCCGGAGAAAGGCGAAACAUUACUGCAUCGCGCCAUCCGAAGUGGCAAUAAGUUCGAAAUCAAUGUCUUGCUCGCUGCGUAUCAAUCAGAUUUUGACAAGGUUCGUGAUUAUGUAGUGUCCAAAUAUCAGUGGGAUCCAAGUGAUAAAUUGUGGCUCAGGAAAAAUAUUCUGAUAGCAGCUAGUGAAGAUCAAUGUCGGUCUGCAAAGCAACUAGAGAACCGCCAGCUUUCAAAGGAAAAUCUAACACACGCAGUGUUUGUUUUACUACUAAUACCCAUAGAUGAAGAAGAAGUAGCUGUGAUUCAUCCGGAUGAGACCACCAGUCUAGCAGCGGUCCAGCUGAUCUCAGGCUUAAUACCCAAUGGACUCCUGACAUGGAACAGUGUGUGCACCGAGAAAACCCGCGAAACGUUCAUGGAAAUUGCUGCGUCUUGUGGUCGAACUGAUAUCAUUCAACAAUUGUUUGACUUAGGAGCUGAAAUCGCUAUUCCGGAUCACAAUGCACUUUUGGCAGCUUGCCGACGACUUCAGAAGAAUACCAUCCGCUGGUUACUAACAGAACACUUUGAUCAUUUUGACUGUACGACUAGGGAUAGUGGACAACAUAACGCAUUGAUUAUAUUGAUGCAGAAGAGAAACGAAGAAUUGUUUGAUUUUGUUCUGAAGAGAAUGAUCGCCUAUCGGCAAAAGUAUUACAACGAAUCUGAAUCGGAAGCGUUUAACAUGAUCUUCCGUUUCGAAAACGCGGAGUACACAUGCCUAUCAAUAUUAACUUAUGUUGGAAAGGGGCCUUUGCUAGCAAAGAUUGAGCAAUGUAUUGUGAAGUACAAACUGGAUUUAUUCUAUCAAUGGGAGAACGUUACGACGCUCGCUUGCUUGCUAGGACGUAAGUUAGCCGUAGAAUACUGUUUGGAUGGAAUUCGUGAAAACCCUGACUUACUUGGACUGGUAGACUAUGGAUGCCAGACAAUUUUGCAAUGUUUAAUAGAUUGGGGCUAUCUGGAUUUUCUUGUAGAAAUGUAUAAACUAAAACCGGAAGUGAAGAAAUAUUUCGAGACUGACGGUAGCUUUACGACCAUGCAAAAGGCAAUCUACGGUGGAAAUCGAGAUACAGUUCAGUUUUUAGCAGCGCACCAUCUAACAUUCCUACAAGAAAAUUCGGAGAAAAUGCGGGAAGCAAUGGGCUGUGGCCUCAAGGCAUCGGACAGUCUACGUGAAGUUCUGUUUGAACACUUUCCCGAGCUUCAAAGUAAUAUUGGAGAAUUGGAUUCGUCGAAACCAGUUUAUUAUAAAGAUGAUAUAGAAGCUGCUUUUUCCAGUCUAGCUAUAGAUUUUUCGGCGUCUCCUCUUAAAGUGCAAAGCACACAACCUUUGCACAGCAUUAGAGGCGCAAAUGGAGAAACAUUGCUACAUUUGGCGGUUGCUAAAAAUGAUGCAGUUUUUUUCACCGAAUUAUUAGAAGGUGGCGUCAACCCGGAUGCUCUAGACAGUGAUGGAAACCAUGCUGUACAUUACGUUCAAGACAUACCCAUGCUGGAUCUGCUAAUAGAUCGUUACCCGGAAGGUAAAAAAUUGGUCAAUUUGACCAACUCCGACGGCAAUGCCCUCAUACAUCGGCUAUGUUCUCGUUACUUGGAACGUAAACUGUUAACCUCACUGCUAGAAAAAGUGAUAGACUGCGGAGCGGAUGUGAAUCAACUGAACAACAGUGGCGAAUCGCCCCUUUUCAUGGCCUCCAGUUGUACUGUUCUGGAUGCCCUUGAAAAGUACGGUGUGAAAUUGGACAUCGUUAGCAAAAAAGGUGAAACCGCUUUCCUGCGACAUGUACGCAACAGGCAUACUUGUAUGGUGACUGCUCUGUUACCACUAGUUCACGAACUUCCCAGUUUCAAAGAGCAUGCCCACGAAUGUCUGUCUCUAAUGAUAAGAUCUAGAAGUCUCGAUACCUUCUACUGUGAUUACCAGCGAUUUCUGGAAAAAUACCCAGCGACUACCAAACUGUUGUUCGAUUCGGCAUACGCUCAUUCGCGAGAAGAUGCUUCUCGGCUGUUCGCCGAUGCAUGCUCCAAAGCACUCAAUUUUGCAGUGGAAAAAUUCUUGGAUUACGACUACGACCUGGACUAUAACCAUAAGGAUGACUACGAAUACACGCCUAUUAUCGGACUGCUUAGCUACAUGGAGGAAAACAAUGUCCACUUAGUUAAACGCUUACUUGAAAAAGGUGUCGACUUGGAAACGCGCAAUAGCUGGGGAAGAAAUGCGUUGCUUACGCUUGUGGAGAGGUUCAGAUCGGCGAAAUGGUACGGCCACAGUGUUGAAACGGUACAACUGUUGUUGGAUCACGGAGCAAACGUUAAUGCGACGGAUAGCAAUGGAAACACGGCUUUGCAUUUAGCCUUCUCUUCGAGUGAAUUGGAGUUGGUAGAAAGUUUGAUAAGGAACGGAGGUGAUUUGAAGGCUAGGAAUAAAGAUGGGAAAGUUCCUUGUCAAAUGGGAUCGCGUUUAAAUCAGGAAUUGUUCUACUUCAUGGUUUGAUGGAGGCAGUCGGGAUUUAACUGUAGGAAAUAGGCUGAAACCUUUCGAAACACUGAAAUUAGACCAUCUAAUUACAUAUUAAGACAGGGAUACCAAAAGGGAAUAAUGAGAGGCGGAUUGAAAUAAAUAAAAAGUAUACCCUCCCGCUGGAUGGAAGGGCCAACGUAAAUAGAGAAUUUCUUAUAUAAUUGUGAAGGUGUGUGUAUUUUUUCUCUUGGUGGUGAAGCUUUUGAGCCGACCAGCACACGUUCAGUAGUUUGAUUAUAGAUUUUGUCCAUCGCGUGUCAGAGUGAGGGACUCUGAACAGAGAAGAUAACUCUGUACUCUACUCCUCUAACCCCCACCAAAAUACCGACAUUUGCUUGAUCAUUCCGGAACCAUUUGAAGUGACCACUACUUGGGGAGAGCAGGGUGACUUUCAGCUCACAGGUGGCCCGCCACACAAUACUACUAGCCUACUCCGACGGAAAAAUUUCCCGUUGAAAGUUAUCUCAAAAGUGAUCUCGACGGCGGUCGGUCAGGCGCCGAGAUCAGUCCUGCGAUUCCGGGUGGAGUGGCUCUCAGGAGCCCCGACGACCUAUCAUCGACGAUACGUGAUUCUCAGUUUAGACCCCGGCGGUGGAUCUAGCCUACUUCGGUCGCACCCGCAGGUCUCCUUCACUCCUUUCAGUAACCAGAAUUAUCGAGUAUCGAGGUCGGUCCGACGAUUCCGGUAGAAGUGUGCCUCAGAAUCCUACAGUGAUGCACGGGAAAUCUUAGUCUAUGUAGCGCAUCGGCGAUUGCAGUCUAACUAGCACUGUUGAAGGCGUGUUUUACGUUCAGCGUAACCAUUAUACAGUACCGUAUUGCGUCCACAGUGGAUCUACCUUCCCGGAAGCCGAACUGCAUAUCCAUCAUUCUCGCCCUCCGUGUAUGUUGUAAGCCUGUUAAGGAUUACUCUUUCAAGCACCUUACCGACUGUAUAUCUAACAGGCAUAUCGGCCUGUAUGCUGCAGGAUUUCAAAGGAACUUACCUAGCUUCGGCAACAACACCAGAUUUUGUCGAUUCCAGACGUCGGGGAAGUUUCCAUCGUCGUUACACUUAUGAAACGCGGUCCUGAACACGUUCGGGUUCGUUAAGAUUGCUGUUUUCAGAGCCACGUUGGUGAUACCGUCUGGUCCCAAACCUUUUUGGUUUUCAAAGCUUUUGCCACUGCUAUCAGCUCCUCGUUGGUCACUCGAGUUUCUUCUUCGUGGUCAUCCUAAGCCCCGUACGGUGUAGGCGGCCAGGCCGUCAAUUCAUGCUGUGCAACUGAUUGGCAGUGUGGUAAAACUUCUCUAGACAGGCUUUCUCACUUGAUUUCCUUGUUAAGGGCGGCUAUUGCCUACGUUCCCGGCGGUAGAUGCUGAUUGUACCAUCGUUGGAAACAUCUACGUUCAGCUUCGGUUUGGCAGUUUCAGCGAGUAGACUAAUUUCCCUUGAGUUGGUAAAGCGGCUGCCCCAUUUUACUACCAAAGCGUUGAAAUCGCCAGCUAUGACUACUAGUCUCCCUUCGAUAAGCUCUUCUGUCAGUUUAUCGGAAGUCUAUCUUCCACCGCGAAGGUGCGUAGCAGCUGCAGAAAAAGACGCCAUUGAUUUUGGAUAUAACAAAGCCUUCAUCUGCGCGAUAAACCACUUACCGUCGUCCAAAUCCGAUUUUGCGUUAUCUGAUAUUUGAUAUCCAGUUGCCAUCGCUGGCCGGGAUACGCUAUGGUACCGAGAUGAUAGCUACAUCGCACUUAGACUCUGCUACAGAUUGUCGCAGCAAGUGUUGUGUUGUCACAUUGGUUGAGAUUGCUUUGCGUUACCUCCACUGUGACUUCCUUGCAAUCGCCUCUUUGAAGGCCGGGCAUCGUGGGCCUCUUGUGAUGUUGUUACCUUCUUCCCCGUACCUUCUGCAUAAUUUGCUCCUAUCAGGUCCAGUGCAAUUUUUAGCCAGCUGGCCAAACUUUUGACACUUGAAGCACACUUCCGGUUGCUGAGAGACAAUCAGUUGACAUACCGACCAGCCAACUUCGAUCUUCCUGGUUUUUAGUGCUUUGCUUGCUGCUUCGACUGGAAGCCUAACUGAAGACACUUGCAUGUCGAAAGGUCCCUAUCUCAUUCGGAUCGUCAUCUCCAAAUUCACACUGGUAUUGGAGAGCUUCUCUCAUCUCUUCUUCCGAGAAUACUUCAUCCAGGUGUGUCUCAUUCGGAUCGUCAUCUCCAAGAUCACACUGUUAUUGGAGAGCUUCUCUCAUCUCUUCUUCCGAGGAUACUUCAUCUAGGUCCUUUCUUUGGAUGGUUGCCUCCGGACACAAGGUUCUCAUUUCCAUUACGUCGCCCAUGGCUUUCUCGGUGAGCUCUUUAUAAGCAGAGCUGUUUGACAUCGGAUCCCUUUUCAAUUCCAGGAUCAUCUCCGGUACGAGCGCCGGAUUUUCUUAAAGUCUGAGCGUAGCUUCUUCCCAAGCAACCAGAAGUGUGGAUAAUACUUAAAAAGCACACUUCAAAGUUCACAUAAAGUUCUUAGCGAACUUUCAAGCUGCUUAAGCUUUAAUGGAACUUGGAAGCUGCUUAAGCCGCUAUUAGAACAUAAAACGUAUUGCAGAAUUACUUUAAACGGGAAGCUUAUGCAGCUCCCUUACACGAACUUUUGGUUACUUGGGUUGAGUGCCGGGUUUAUCCGCGUUGCGCGCAGUACCUUCUCGUACGAAUCAUCGUUAGCUUUGACUAUGAAUACUUCACCUUUGCUUCGUCCCUUUGUUCCCCUCAUUGUGUUUCUUGAAAUCUCCUGGUCUCACAUCACCUGACGAAACUCUCGGUCUCCUCGGCGUACAGAAGAACGCGGUUUCCGUUUCUUGGGGUUUUGGCUGUUUGGCUGGUUUUGCUUUCGGUUCUCCAAUCCUUGACGGCUAAUCCUGGCUUUCCUUGUAUCUUCAAAACCAGUCCUUGUGUAUCCUAUUUUUUAUGUUGCGCUUGUUUAUUCACUCAUGGGCAGCUCUCAAUAGGCAUCUCGACCAUUCAACCGUAACUUUGCCUACCUCCAGCAGUUACCGGUAGACGAAUCAUGGCUUCCUGAGUUCCUCCGUACCCCAUGUGCACCUCGGCUGUACUGUUGCUUCUGUGCCCCUCGUAGCUCAUCUACCGUCGUGAUCUCAUCCAGGUCCUUGCACACGAUCGCCGUUUCCGGGCUUGAGGCUUUUAUCUUCUGCUUCGUUUUCCAGUGAUUUGGUA